GUUACCAAAUACAAAUUUCAAAUUAAUAUUUUACAGUGGAGUUGGGUAGUAGAUAAUCGAGAGGAGAAAUGGACUCGCCGCCGUCUCCGCCGCCGCACCCAAUACCACUCUCCCCAAAACCUCCAUUGACGCCGCCGCAGAUCGUCCAAACAGUCAUCUCCGUGCUCACCUCCGACAAACCCUCCCUCGCCUCACUCUCCCCACUCAUCCCCCACCUCACCCCUCCCCUCCUCCACUCCAUCCUCUCCUCCGAAACCCUAGCCUCUCGCCCCCUUACCCUCCUUUCCUUCUUCACCUGGGCCCGCUCCCACCUCAACCCCACCCAAACCCUAAUCCCUUCCCUCCUCGCCCUCCUCUCCUCUCUCUUCUCCCACAACAAAUUCCCCGACGCCAAAUCCCUCCUCCUCAACUUCAUCUCCUCCGACCGCGGCCACCACCUCCACCGCACCCUCCUCCUCCCCGCCCGCCCCCACCCCUCCAAGGCCCUUCUAGACACCGCCGUCGGAGCUUACUGUCAAUUCGGAAACCCUCAACUCGCCGUGCUAAUCUUCAAGAAGAUGAAGCGGCUCCGGCUCCAGCCAAAGCUCCUCACUUGCAUCACACUCCUUAACUCCUUGGUAAAGUACCCUUCAUCAAACAGAGUCUUGCUUUGUAAAGAUGUUUUUAAUGAUGCGGUUAUGCUCGGGGUUACCCCGAAUACAAACAUGUUUAACAUAUUGAUAAAUGGGUAUUGCUUGGAGAAUAGGUUUAAGGAUGCUUUGGAGUUGUUGAGUAAAAUGGGUGAGUAUGAAUGUUUGCCUGAUCGUGUGACUUAUAAUACGAUACUGGAUGCGCUUUCUAAGAAGGGUCAGUUAAGUGAGGUUCGGGAUUUGUUGGCGGAUAUGAAAGAUAGAGGCUUGUUGCCGAACAGGAACACGUAUAAUAUUUUGGUUUGUGGGUAUUGUAGGAUGGGAUGGUUGAGGGAAGCGGCUCAGGUGAUUGAGUUGAUGACCCAGAACAAUUUGUUGCCAGAUGUUUGGACUUAUAACAUGUUGAUCAAUGGUUUCUGUCAUGACGGGAGGAUUGAAGAGGCUCUUAAGCUUCGCGAUGAGAUGGAGAACUUGAAGUUGUUGCCUGAUGUGGUUACCUUUAAUACAUUGAUAAAUGGGUGUUACAAGUCAAAAAAUAGUUCCAAUGCAUUCAAGUUGAUUGCGGAAAUGAAAGAGAAAGGAGUGGAACCUAAUGUUGUCACACAUAAUAUUAUCAUCAAGUCAUACUGUAAAGAAGCGAAGAUGGAUGAAGCGAGUAUUUCUGUUAGGAAGAUGGUAGAAAGAGGGUUUUCUCCAGAUUCCGUUACGUACAAUACUUUGAUUGAUGGGUAUUGUAAGAUAGGGAAUUUUGGGGAAGCCUUCAAAAUUAUGAAUGAAAUGGGUGGGAGAGGUUUGAAGAUGGAUAUCGUCACCCUUAAUUCUUUUCUUCAUACUCUAUGUCGAGAGAGGAAGAUUGAAGAGGCUUAUGAGCUACUUUCUAGUGUGAGUAAGCGAGGUUAUAUAGUUGAUGAAGUAAGCUAUGGCACUUUGAUUAUGGGAUACUUCGAGGAUGGAAAUGUGGAUAGAGCCAUGAAACUUUGGGACGAGAUGAAGGCCAAAGCGAUCAUACCUAGUGUGGUCACAUAUAACUCUCUUAUCGGAGGCCUCUGCAAAUCGGGAAAAAUGGAGCAAGCAAUAACUAAGCUGAAUGAACUUCUAGAGAAUGGAUUGGUUCCUGAUGAAACCACAUACAACACAAUUAUUCGUGGUUACUGCUGGGGGGGAUAUGUUGAGAAAGCAUUCCAGUUUCACAAUAAAAUGGUUGAAAAUUCAUUUAAGCCCGGCAUCUUUACGUGUAACAUUCUUCUUCAUGGGCUUUGCAAAGAAGGGAUGCUAGAAAAAGCCCUUACGCUCUUCAACACAUGGAUCUCGAAAGGGAGAGUGCUUGAUGCAGUGACUUACAACACGUUGAUAACAGCCCAAUGCAGAGAAGGGAGACUUGAGGAUGCUUUAGGCCUUGUUGUAGAAAUGGAAGUGAAGAAACUAGGGCCUGAUGGUUAUACAUAUAACGUGAUUAUUGGUGCGCUUAUUGAAGCGGGGAGGAACAAGGAAGCAGAGGAGUUAAUGGAAAAAAGGGCUGAGAUGGGGAAGUCAUCUGACCCCUCCUUACCAUUGGAUAAGGGCCGAGAUAUGGUUACUUGUGAAAUUCUGGAAAAGUCAGAUUCAAGCUCUCUAGCUUAUUCAGAACAAAUAUGUAAGCUGUGUUCGGAAGGGAAAUACAGGGGUGCAAUGCGUAUUUUUGGUGAAUUGACACAGAAGGGUGUUGCUAUAGACAAAUCCACAUAUAUUACUUUGAUGAAAGGACUCGUCAAGAGGCGAAAACCGAUUACGAAGGCUGUCUAAUUAUAGCAACUCCAUCCUUUGGUAACCUCUUGAUAAUGCUCAAUACAAUGGGAUUGGAGUUGGAGUUGAAUGCUGAAGCCAAAAUCUUCCCCGCUUCAACCUUCCCUCUUAUCCGCUGUGCUCUCAGGUCAAGAUAGGAGCAGGCCAACUCGGCAGGAACAGUCAUGGGCCUGAUGCUGCCAAACUUAGCUUUGCGAGCUAUGGUGCAACGUGUUUUCGUCAGCCAAGUGCAGGGCAUCCAGUUUGAUUUCUAGGUCUGUCAGCAGCAUGUGUUUUUUACAUCUUUAAAUUUGACCGAUCAGUAGUUAAAGACAAGUUAUUCAGGAUACAGAAGCUGGAUGUACUGAGUCUUUGUUAGAUUUGACAAGAGGUUAGGAAGCUCAAAAUUGGGACGGUUAAGUUUGGUUCCUGCUUUCUUAUCCGCCUUGGAGAGCUGGCAAAAUGAUUAUUUCUGGAAUUUAGAGAUGGUCCUAUUUCUUAAAGUGGAAAUUUCUGGUGGUUAGACAUAAAGGGAAAGAGACUUUUAGACAAGGUGCGGCAUUCUCUCUACGGUUUGAGGUUAAGCACGAAACUAUACUAUCAGAGUAUGGUAAAAUUUCCCAUCUUUGGUACUUCUUCAAUGAUUAAAGUAGAGCCUCUAAGCGGCUGGAAGAGUUAGAGAGGAAGUUAUAUUACCAGUUACGGUUACAUUGCAUGCUGUUAAAGAAUGAAGAAAGGGAAGAUUAAAUUGACUUGGGUAAUCUCUAGUUACGGUUACAAAAAUGUGUUUUUUUUUAAUGUUUUCUAGGCCAAACAAAACAUACAUAUGAUCUAAAAGGAGUAUUGUACUUCGUGAUCAACUUGUUUCUUUUUCGGCCCUUCAAUGUAAUUGUGGUGUUCAGAAUUCAUUUCUGUGACAGACUGGUGACUGAAUUUUCUUAUUCUGCUGAAGGGCUCAAAUAAUGUGAUGGGAUGUUGCUAGUUUUCCUGCGGGUCCGAGUUUUAAGGUCAUAAUUUUGCUACAUAACGUCUUCUCAAAAGGUGAUUGUGCCUAGAAAUUGUUUUGAAGUGGUUUAUGGUGUACCGUAUUUCAGCUUGUUGAUUGUUCAAGCCAAGUCAAUUGGAGUUGUCAUCUAAAGGGUACAUUAUCUGACUCCUUUGUUAGUUAAGUCAAUUGCUGCUACUGAUCCUUGAGUUGGGUAAUUUCUGAGGACAUCAUAUUGCAGUAUGCACCUGUUCUUGUCUUACACUUAACACCCCACCCUUUCCUCAUAUACCUUUAGAACUUGUAACUGUUGUUAGUAGAAAGCCUUCCAACCACACCUUAAAAUCAUCUCGAUUCUAUUCGACAAAUUUGUGUUCAAUUGGAAUGGCAGCUUUUAACUGGAGAAAAAUUUCACUUCUGAUGAAGAUUAGAAAGGGGGAAAAAUAGACCUGUUGAUUAAUAAACUCCCCUCUAGACUAAUCAAGACACUGGGUUUUAUUUAGGUCUUUAUGAGUCUCUGCAAGUAAAGGAAGUCUACACCAAGUGCAUAUAUGUGAUGACUUCUUAAGGUAUAUAAUCAAUGACGAGAUGGUGAGAAAUAGUCAUAAAUUAGGGAAAACAUGCACCGGAAUGAGGUCCACAUGAUGCUCUAUGCAUGUGCUCAUCUCUUCCUUCAGCUGUCAAUACAAUAGAAUCAUGUGAAUCUGAAGUCUUUAGAAUUUGUCAUCACCUUAAUUUUUCUUGAUCCAUGGCCACUUCAAGAGGUGACUGUCUGAUUAUUUGUAUGCCUUGCACUCGUAAUCUUCUCUGAAUUCCUAUGCCCCCAUGAGUACUCUUGAUAAUAUGAUCAAGUUGCCUAUUUUUUUUUUAAAAACUUCUGGGUUAUGAUUGCUUGAAUGACCAUCUUUUAUACUCGUAAAAAACAGAGAUUUUGGUAUCAGUCAGCUCCUUACUGUUUCUGAAACGUUCAUGCAGUUAAGCAGCAUCUAGUGUGAAAAAGCAUCAAGAUAAUUAGGGACCUCGCUGUAGGAAUUAGAAAGUCAACCCUCAAGUUGGUGAGUCUUGACCCUUGAGUUUUAGCAUUCACAUCUUAAAGCAAAGGCUUGUAAGAUUGUAGACAUAUCAUGCACACAUGCAUAGACUCAAGAACGUAUCCAGGAACGGGGACAAGUGGUUACUCCUACCUUUUAAGGUGAUGUUUUCAUCACUUUUGUUUGUGCAUUUCUACUUGCAUGGUAUCGGUCUAUGUUGCAUGUAAGUGAAAGAAUCGUUUUAAUUUAUAUAUCAAGGGCAUGGGAAACACCAAAAUAUUCAUGUUUUAUAAGCAUAUUUAGUUCAUAUUAUUGGAUAACUGAUGUUGGCAAGGUUUUUGAGGGGGUUGUAUAUCAUGCCUAUGUGUUAAUGCAGAUUUCAUGGUUAAUUUGGUUACAAACUAUGCUUGUUAGGUGAAUGCUCAACUAAAUACAUUGGACGUGUGUACAUACCCUCCUCCAAUUGUCAAGUCCGAGUAUCUGGAACUUCAUUCAAACUGAACUAGAAGAGUCCUCAAUGGUGUUGCCUACACUAUUGAGCUGAAUCUGACUAGCGGUAAAUAAAAUCACACUCAAGUUAACAAGUUCUGGAGAUCUGACUAUUUCCCUCAUUGUGCUCAGGUGCUCUAGGUCAGGUUAUAACUCGGCCCAUGCAUAUGGAGGUAUCCUCCAGCUGUGUGAGCCUCUUCAAUUCACUGCCUCCUAUUUUUUGAAUGCCACUUCUCUACCUGGAUUUGGCAACAUCUGACUGAUAAAUGUGGUUGUAAUGGAACUCUGGGGAGGCUUCUUGGAUCAUCACACGGGCUGCAGCCUGCAAGUAUGUGUAAGCCAAAAAGAAUUGAGAGCUGAAACUCAAUUUUGCUGCUGCUGACAGCUAGAUCUAGGGGAGAGGAACUGCAGAGUAUUUCAAAGGAAGGUUUUGACCAUGGAUAGGGUUGCUAGUAAUAUUGACAGAGAUGUUAGAGCUUGUUUCGUGCCAUGGAAGAAGCUGCCUCAAACAGAUGUUAGAGCUUGUUUUUUCGCUGCUUUGAAAACGUCGGGUCUGAGUGUUGGUUUUCUUUUGUUUCUGUUAUUUUGUUAGACCAGUUACUUCGUGUCAUAAAUACUUUCACGUGGUUUACUGCUUUUUCAAGUAAUGGCCGGAAGGAGCACCCGAAAAUGAUGGUAGGAAAACAAAGCUGACAGCAGAGUAGAAUUAGUUUUAUCAGAUUACAAUUUUACUGUAUCCCGGGCCUGUAAGACGGAAACUUAAGCUAUCUUCACAAGAAACAUCAAAAGGGAAUACGUUUUCUGUAGAGAAUUUUAGCUGCGCC